GUGUACAGAUCUAUAGAGAGUAGAGACCGACAGAGUCCACUCUCAUCUCGGGAGUAAGCAAGCAGCUUCCACCUCCAUGGCUACCUUACCUAUUCCCUGCAUCCGCCACCAGAAUGCCUCCACGCGCCUCAGCCACUCCUAUAUGCUGCGCAACCAAUCACUCCUCAAAGUGCGCCGCCGCCCCACUUUCAUAGCCUUCUCCGCCCCCACCCCAUCCCCUGCCUCAACGCAAGAUGAACUCAAGAAGCUCGCCGCCUACAAGGCCGUGGAUUAUGUCCAGAGCGGAAUGGUCCUCGGCCUCGGCACCGGCUCCACUGCCGCCUUUGUCGUGGCCAAACUAGGAGAGCUCCUCUCCUCCGGCCACCUGUCGAACAUCGUCGGCGUGCCCACUUCCAAGCGCACCCGUGAACAGGCCGCCUCGCUCAACAUCCCACUAUCAACGCUCGACGAUCACCCGGAGCUUGAUCUCGCCAUUGAUGGCGCUGACGAGGUCGAUCCGAAUCUCGACCUUGUCAAGGGUCGUGGAGGCGCUCUCCUCCGCGAGAAAAUGGUGGAGGCUGCGUCCAAUAAGUUCGUGGUGGUCGUUGACGAGUCCAAGCUCGUCUCUGGGCUUGGCGGGUCGGGUCUGGCAAUGCCCGUUGAGGUGGUCCAAUUUUGCUGGAAAUACAAUCUGCUCCGGCUCCGAGAGAUGUUUAAAGAUUUGGGCUGCGAAGCAUUGUUGAGAUUGGAUGGGGAUAAGCCCUAUCUCACUGACAAUUCCAAUUACAUUGUGGAUUUGUAUUUUAAGAUUCCCAUCAAGGAUUCGCAGGCUGCAGGAAAGGAGAUUUCUGCUUUACAAGGCGUGGUGGAGCAUGGUUUGUUCUUGGAUAUGGCCACUGCGGUCAUCAUUGCUGGAAAGGAAGGAGUCAGUGUGAAGAGCAAGUGAAAAUGGAGGGCUUUUGUAUUGGUGAGAAUCCUGGACAUUGUAGCAAUUUUCACAAUAUAUAUAUAUAGGCUCAAAUACUUUUUUUUAGCUCCGACAUAUUAUGUUUUAAAUCCCUUCAAAACAUUUUUUGUGUUUUUCAUCCCUGUAUUAUGCAGUAUAUUCUUUUUAGUCUUUCUCCAACCCCAACAUCAAUCAGCUUAGAAAGAAAUUAAUGUCAGUCACAUUACUCUACUAUAAAU